CGGGCUUACGCAUGCUCCUUGAGGCCCACCGCCGCAGCGGUGCAAGUGCCACCGUAACUGGUGGGCGCCACUGGCAACCCACCCGGAGUUGACAACCGCGGAGAGACGCAGACACCCACUGACCUCCAAGGCAGCAGAGCGAGGUGGACAGAACCUUAGGAUCUCUUUCUUUCCAAGGACGGAAACCUCUUCUAAGCAGUCCCAGAGGAAACAGCCAAAGGCAUUGGAAAGAGAGCGAGCGUCCCAAAUCGCACUGCUGAGCGUCUGGGUGAGUUAUGCGCCUGUGUCCCAGUGACCGUGGGACACGGAGAGGGGAAGUCUGCGUUGUAUAUAAGAACCUAGGGACUCCGAGCUUGGCCUGAGAACACUUGGACGCCCAGUACUUGCCUUUGGGGCUGCGCUCCUCAACUCUGCUCCAAAGCAGCCGCGGAUCUCAACUCCUGAGUCCAAGGCGGUUGGUUCGCUGUGCGCCAGGACGCGCUUAGUACCCGGUUCCUGAGCUCUAUCUUCAGCGGCUACUUUGAAAGCUCCGGCGCACGCCCCGCAGGCUAGCUAGCCUGGGAACAAAACUGGGCGAACCGUGUUCUCUUAGGUCUUGUCCCCCAAAACAUGACCUAGAGAUACCUGCGCAUGCAGAUGGCCGAUGCAGCCCGGAUAGCCACCAUGAAUAAGGCAGCAGGCGGGGACAGGCUAGCAGAACUCGUCAGUCUGGUCCCAGACCUUCUGGAGGCCGCCAACAGGAGUGGUAACGCGUCGCUACAGCUUGCGGACUUGUGGUGGGAGCUGGGGCUGGAGUUGCCGGACGGCGCGGCGCCAGGACAUCCUCCCGGCAGCGGCGGGGUAGAGAGCGCGGACACCGAGGCCAGGGUGCGGAUCCUCAUCAGUGUGGUGUACUGGGUGGUGUGCGCCCUGGGGUUGGCGGGCAACCUGCUGGUGCUCUACCUGAUGAAGAGCAAGCAGGGCUGGCGCAAGUCCUCUAUCAACCUCUUCGUCACCAACCUGGCGCUGACGGACUUUCAAUUUGUGCUCACCCUGCCUUUCUGGGCGGUGGAGAACGCAUUUGACUUCAAAUGGCCCUUUGGCAAGGCCAUGUGUAAGAUCGUGUCCAUGGUGACGUCCAUGAACAUGUACGCCAGCGUCUUCUUUCUCACUGCCAUGAGUAUGGCGCGCUACCACUCUGUGGCCUCUGCUCUGAAGAGCCACCGGACUCGAGGACACGGCCGAGGCGACUGCUGCGGCCGGAGCCUGGGUAACAGCUGCUGCGUCUCGGCCAAGGCGCUGUGCGUGUGGAUCUGGGCUUCGUCCGCGCUGGCCUCUCUGCCCAGUGCCAUUUUCUCCACCACGGUCAAGGUGAUGGGCGAAGAGCUGUGCCUGGUGCGCUUCCCGGACAAGUUGCUGGGCCGCGAUAGGCAGUUCUGGCUGGGUCUCUACCAUUCGCAAAAGGUGUUGCUGGGCUUCGUGCUGCCUCUGGCUAUCAUUAGCUUGUGCUACUUGCUGCUGGUGCGCUUCAUCUCCGACCGCCGCUUGGCGGGGACUGAAAGAGGGACCGCAGUAGCUGGCGGAGGCCUGGCCGGAGCCAGUGCCCGGAGACGGUCGAAAGUCACCAAGUCAGUGACCUUCGUUGUCCUGUCCUUCUUCCUGUGUUGGCUGCCCAACCAGGCGCUCACCACCUGGAGCAUCCUCAUCAAAUUCAACGCGGUGCCCUUCAGCCAGGAGUAUUUCCUGUGCCAGGUAUACGCGUUCCCUGUGAGCGUGUGCCUGGCGCACUCCAACAGCUGCCUCAACCCCAUCCUCUACUGCCUUGUGCGCCACGAGUUCCGCAAAGCGCUCAAGAGCCUGCUGUGGCGCAUCGCGUCUCCUUCACUCACCAGCCUGCGCCCCUUCACUGCCACUACCAAGCCGGAGCCCGAGGAUCAGGGGCUGCAUUCCCUGGCGCCGCUCCAAGCGGCCGCGGAGCCAGACCUGCUCUACUACCCUCCUGGCGUCGUGGUCUACAGCGGGGGCCGCUACGACCUGCUGCCCAGCAGCUCUGCCUACUGAGGUCCAGGGCGCGCCGUCGGGGCAAGGUGGCCUUACCCGGGCGGUGAAGGAGGUGAACAGAUUAAGGAAGCCUGCGUGUGUGUUGCGGGGGGCGCAUUUAAGAAGUAGGUGGGACGAGGAUGGGCAGAGCACGGAGGAGCAGCCUGUGUAUAGGCCGGAGAACCUUCUCUGGAGAGGGGAUGCUUUGAAAUCAAAUCAAGUGGAGAGAGGAAGCUGGCAAAGGGGCAGAGACGAGUCCCACGGGCCGGACCUUCAACCUCGGUUCCGCACCCCACCGCCUCUCCUUACUCUGCCCACGCUGGGCAGUGUGGGGGCGCCCAGAAGCAGAGAGAAGCAGCAAAAAUGUAGAGAAAUUGGCACAGGGAGCGGGGCUUAGCCAAAUGAUGCGCACACAAUUGCGCCGGUUUAUUCCAGCGACUUUUGCGGAGAGGGCAGCCGCUGCCACAAACUCUCAUUUACUACUUGGCUAACGAGACUGCAGCAGCGCCAAGGUCCUGCUUGCUGUCGGGCUGCCCCAAGAAUCUUGAGUUGGGAGGCAAGAAACGUUUUUGGAGUUAAGAAAAAGAACUGACCCUUCUGGUCCGCCCCCAGGACAAACGGCAAAGGAAAAUCACCUCCCAUGGAGUCAUUGUACCGAUUGUCAUUCCGGAUUGCGCUAGCAGGAACAUGCUGAGCUGGACCUAGCUGCAAAGCCGGGGAGCGCAAACGUUAACAGGGGGAUAACACCUGUCACAAGCUUGGGAGAGCGAUUCUUUGGGGAGUGGCAUCACUGCCGGAGGGAGCGGACACAGUGUGAUUAGAAGGGCUGGAUAGGGAAACUUCUUCAGGCUGCUGCCCCGAAAGGUAAAAGGGGGCUCAUAUGCUCACUCGGUAGCAGAGUUGGAAGUGGCGCGCUGGUGCAUUGGGCGCUGCAAGCCCAGGCGCUCCAUUUCCUCUGAGAGCACCUUGGGUGCCUGUAGGCACUCUGGUCUGUGUGCUGCCGGUGAGCUGGGCCCAGGAGCAUCCUCAAUAGCUCUACUGGGCGGAGUGGGGGCACUUCUGCAGUUCCUCCCUUCCCAUGCUUUGAGAAUCAAGCUGUCCCUUUGACUGAGGCUCUGGACCUGCGAGUAGAGGAAUGGUUCAGUAUUUUUUGUUUGUUUUUUGGUGCCGUUCCUUUUGUGGGGGUAGGCUUAGAUAGAAGAGCAAGAAAUGCCGCCGAAACGUGCAAGGGGAAUGGCGGCGGCGGGAUGGCAGAGCGCGGAAUCAUGGAAACCAAAUUUCUAGAAGCUUGGUCAGAUCUUUCAAAAGGAGGCGUGGGGUAGGAAAGAAAAUAGAAGGUCCAUGUACUCUGUCCUAAAGGGAGCAAAGUACUGGAGAAAAACCAGAA